AUGCCGCAUGCCUUCAAGCCCGGGGACUUGGUGUUCGCCAAGAUGAAGGGCUACCCGCACUGGCCGGCCCGGAUCGAUGACAUCGCUGACGGUGCCGUGAAGCCCCCGCCCAACAAGUACCCCAUUUUCUUCUUUGGUACACACGAAACAGCCUUCCUGGGACCCAAGGACCUGUUUCCUUACGACAAAUGUAAAGAUAAGUACGGGAAACCCAACAAGAGGAAAGGCUUCAAUGAGGGACUGUGGGAGAUCCAGAACAAUCCCCACGCCAGCUACAGUGCUCCUCUGCCGGUGAGUUCGUCUGACAGCGAGGCCCCUGAAGCCGACCCGGCGGGUGAGAGCGAGGACGACGAGGUCCGGGGGGUCAUGGCCGUCACAGCCGUGACCGCCACAGCGGCCAGCGACAGGAUGGAGAGUGACUCAGACUCUGACAAAAGCAGCGACAACAGUGGCCUGAAGCGGAAGGCUGCAGCCCUGAAGGCAAAGAAGGCAGCAAGACAGUCACAAAGCACAGAGCCCACAAGGAGACCCAGCCAGAAGGAGAAGAGAGGGCGCCCCGAGGAGAGGCCCCGAGCCAGGCCUGCGAAGGUGGAGCGAACCCGGAAGCGGUCAGAAGGCUUCCCGCCCGACCGGAAGGUGGAGAAGAAGAAAGAACCUUCUGUGGAGGAGAAGCUGCAGAAGCUGCACAGCGAGAUCAAGUUCGCCCUGAAAGUUGACAAUCCGGACGUGAAGAGGUGUCUGAACGCACUAGAGGAGCUAGGGACCCUACAGGUGACCUCACAGAUCCUCCAGAAGAACACAGAUGUGGUGGCCACGUUGAAGAAGAUCCGCCGUUACAAGGCCAACAAGGAGGUGAUGGAGAAGGCCGCGGAGGUCUAUACCCGGCUCAAGUCUCGGGUCCUGGGACCAAAGAUCGAGGCCAUCCAGAAGGCGACCAGAGCUGGGGUGGAGAAGGAGAGGGCCGAGGUGGAGAAGGCCGCGGAGGCGCUGGCCGGAGAAGAGGCUCCCACGGAGAGGGCGGAGGUCGAGGCGAGCGCUGACCUCUCCGCCCCGGUGAAUGGCGAGGCCACGUCCCAGAAGGGCGCGGGCACGGAGGACAAGGAGCAGGAGGAAGGGCAGCAUUGUGAGGAGGGGCCGGGCUGUGGUUCCUCCGAAGAGCCGUUACACAACGACGCGCGGGAGGACCCCGAGCUGGAUGUGCCCGGGAAGGAGCGGCAGGAGCACGCGAGGGUGCGGAUGGACUCGGAGUCCCUGGACGAGGAGAACAGCUGAGCCCCGGCAGCCAGGCCCACCCGGCACACGUAGACGCCCCAGGCCUGCCCCGGCCCCGGCCCCGGCCCCCGCCCGCCACCCGCGGAGCAGAGACCUGUUGGGGAAGCGCUGUGCUGUCCCUUUGUAUCUGUCCCCUGGGUUGUUUUUCUGCCUAACUUCUGUGAUUUCCAGCCGACAUGAAAUGACUAUAAAGGGUUUUUUUAAUGAAAGUCA